AUGAUCCGAAAAAGCUAUAGUUUGGCAGACGAGAGGAGGAAAUUCGAGAAACAGCAGCAGGCUAAGAUCCAGAAACGUCAAAAACAUGAGCAUAAGCUUUCCAAACUAGAGCAUGUGGAUCCAGUGCGGUUGCAUGGCAAGUUGAGAAGGCUCCAGCAAAGGGCAUCGGAUGAAUCCGACUCAUUCCCUCAGAGAGAUGCCAAGUAUUUAAAAGAUUUGAAGGAGGAUUGGGAGUUCAUAGUAUCAAACGGGCUACACAAGGGUAUAGUCCAGGAUAUAAUAGCCAAAGAGAGUGUAAUUGUAGAAAAGAAGAAGGAAGAGGCCCUGAAGUUGUGGGGUAAGGAGUCUGUAUAUUUCAAUCCAGAAUUGAACCCCUUAGGGAAGGUUCCUCCGAAUCUACCCAAUUUGACCAAAAGAGGACAACGAACGAAGAAGGAGGAGUAUGAGGAUGACCCGGAGUUGCUCGAAUUGGGAGUACGACUCCCUGAAGGGGAUCCUCCAAUGUUCUACAAGGCGGUCCAAAAUUUCACAACUGAGCGCAGCCCCAAGGGUACUCUCGAGAGUAGAGAGCUUAAGGGCGAUGCAAAAGGAAUAAGCUUAAUACCGACGACAUUCCUAAAGAAAAAAAAGGCAGUCGUCACACCGCAACUAGAUGUAGCUAGAGAUGAAGAUGAAGAUGAAGAUGAAGAUAAAGAUGAAGAUAAUGAUGGUGUUGAUGCUUCGAGUGGUUCCUCGGAUGGAGAGGACGAAGAAGAGUCUUGGAGAAAGAGACAAAGAGUUUAG